AUGCUUAAGCUGUCUAGUGUUGGAAAUUCGUCAAAUAUCAUGUGGCACAAGUGUACCGUAGAAAAAAAUGACAGACAGGCUUUGCUCAACCAGAAAGGCUGUGUUGUUUGGAUUACUGGACUAAGUGGAUCAGGAAAGAGCACUGUGGCUUGUGCUUUAAGUCGUGCCUUACAUGCAAGAGGAAAGCUCACGUACAUCCUUGAUGGGGAUAAUUGCAGGCAUGGUCUCAACCGUGAUCUUAGCUUUAAAGCCGAAGAUAGAGCUGAGAACAUAAGAAGGAUAGGCGAGGUGGCUAAACUCUUUGCAGAUGCUGGAGUCAUUUGCAUUGCGAGUCUAAUAUCACCAUUCAGGAAGGAACGAGAUGAGUGCCGUGACUUACUUCCAGAAGGAGAUUUUAUUGAGGUGUAUAUGGAUGUACCCCUAGAAGUCUGCGAGACAAGGGACCCUAAAGGUCUGUACAAGCUUGCACGAUCUGGGAAGAUCAAAGGUUUCACAGGUGUUGAUGAUCCAUAUGAGCCACCAUUGAACUCUGAGGUAUGCACCUCGUCUAUUUUCAUUCAUGGGGCAAUAAAUGUUGAUCAAUAUAGUUCAGCCAUGCAUUGUCCUUGUAAAGAAUAUGAAAUAGUAUUACAACAAAGAGAAGGAAGUUGUGAGAGUCCAACUGUUCAGGCUGAAAAAGUGGUUUCAUUCUUGGAAACAAAAGCUGAUUAA